CCGCCCCUCGCCCCGCCGCGCCCCCCUGACGCCUGGCAGCCCCGGGAGGACUCGACGCGCGGACCCCGGCACCUGGUCCUCCAAGCCCCUGCUCCCGCACGCCUCUCUUCAGACCCGGCUCCGAAAAAUACGUCAAUAACCAUAUACCUGGGAGCAAUCCUGUAAGAUAAAUUGGAAUUUAUCCCAAGACCGAACGUAGAACAGACAAGAAGUGGACCCAAGGCAAGGCACAGGCCAUAAACAUUAAAAUCUCCAGCUCUCUCACUGGGGAAUAUGGUUCGUUUGUUAAACAGCUAAGGAAAACAGGCAACAUGUUCUACACACAUGUGCUUAUGAGUAAGCGAGGGCCAUUGGCCAAAAUCUGGCUUGCAGCUCACUGGGAGAAGAAACUCACAAAGGCUCAUGUAUUUGAAUGUAAUCUAGAGAUAACCAUUGAAAAAAUUAUUUCACCUAAGGUGAAAAUUGCACUUCGAACUUCAGGACACCUUCUUUUGGGAGUUGUGCGAAUUUAUAAUAGGAAGGCAAAAUAUCUUUUGGCAGAUUGCAGUGAAGCAUUGCUUAAAAUGAAGAUGACAUUUCGCCCAGGACUGGUGGACCUUCCAAAAGAGAAUUUUGAAGCUGCUUACAGUGCUAUCACAUUGCCAGAAGAAUUUCAUGAUUUUGACACCCACAAUGUGAAUGCUAUUGACGUUUCAGAACAGUUUACUCACAACCAAAGCAGACCGGAAGAAAUCACACUUAGAGAAGAUUAUGGUAAUGAUCUACUUUUCCAAGCUGGGAGCUUUGGGGAGGAACCUGAAAUUCUCAGAAGACAUAGCUUCUUUGAUGACAACAUAUUGCUGAAUUCCAGUGGUCCUUUAGCUGAACAUAGUUCUGGAAGCCUCAUUGGAGAAAAAUCUCUGUUGUAUGACAGUGGAGAUGGAUUUGGAGAUGAAGGGGCUGCAGGAGAGAUGAUCGAUAAUCUACUGCAAGAUGAUCAGAAUAUUCUGUUAGAAGACAUGCAUUUGAGCAGAGAAAUUUGUCUGCCUCCUGAGCCUCCUGAAACUAUAGCGGUGGAACCAGAUAAUCCAGAGUAUAUAUGUCUACCUGAAAAUGGAAAAAUGGAUGAAACCUCAUUAUCAACUGAAGAACAAGGAAUUACUCUUGAACCAAUUGAUAUUUCAGACAUUGCUGAGAAAAGAAAAGGCAAAAAGAGAAAGUUGCUCAUAGAUCCAGUCAAAGAGAUCAGUAGCAAAAUUAUGCAUAAACAGCUUACUUGCUUUACCGACACACUCAUGGUUUUGGAACUUGCUCCUCCUACCCAAAGAUUGAUGAUGUGGAAGAAAAAGGGAGGAGUGGACACACUUCUGUCAACUGCUGCCCAGGAUUUGACUCAUGCUGAACUGAAGAUGUUGUUUACAAAAUGCUUUCUGUCCUCUGGCUUUAAACUUGGAAGAAAAUGGAUACAGAAGGAAUCAGUAAGGGAAGAAGUAGGAAGUGAAAACAUAAUAGAGACCUCCAAGACGGAAGAGCCAAAUUCCCAGCAAGACUUAAAUCAAUCAAAAACUUGGAAGGAUGUGAUUAAUGGAUCUAAGUGUAGUUCUCAUGAAGAUAUCAAUAAAAAUUUUAAUUCUGAGCAAGUUAUUGUUGAACUGGUCUCUUCGGCUGCUGAAGAAUCCUCUCUAAUGAAUGCUAUGUUAGCACGAGAAAUUGAGAAUUGUCCAGUGGAGCUGGAGUCCUCGGGGAAUGAACAAAGUAUUGAUACAGAGAGAUGGAAUCGAAGAAUCCUACAGAUGUUAAAUAGUUUGCGGGAAUCCAACAGGAUGGGAAUGCAGUACUUUAGUCUGAUGAAGCUCUGCAGAAAUAGUGACCGGAAACAAGCUGCUGCCAAAUUUUAUAGCUUUCUUGUCCUAAAAAAACAGCAGGCUAUUGAGCUGAGCCAGAGUGCUCCCUAUGCAGAUAUUAUAGCUACAGUGGGACCAAUGUUCUAUGAAAUGUGAAGGAAAUCCAGAACAUGCAGAUUUAUGUAAUCAUUGGAAUCUCUGUAUAGAUUGUUCGAUUUAAUGCAGAAGCUGUCUGGAAGCAGCUAAAGGUCCGAUCCGUUUCAUCUAUAGGCUGACUCCUAUUUCCUCUUUGUAAAUUCAGAAUAAUCAUAGCCAGAAUUGGAAACCUAUAUACUUACAGAAAAACUUAAUUGUAGCUAAGUAAUAUGUUUAACUUAGCUAACUUGAAUGUAUAGUAUUUACAACAUCUCCCUAACUUGAAUGUUGCAUUUAGAAUACGUUCUUAAAAUACUAUGCGCCUUCAAAAAACAUUUAAGGAUAUUUUUAAAAGUCAUUUUACAUUGGAUUAUUUACUUAAAUUCUAUGAGACUAAUUAACAAUUAAUACUUUCUUGCUCCCCCCCCCAACAGACAAUAAUUUAUUUGAUUCUACAAUGCAAAUAAUCCUUGAUUUGACCUACUGCCAUGGUUUUUAAUCUAAUAUCUGAAUUGAAAGUUCUAAAAUUCAUGUUUGUUUUAAAUUAUUGUAGUCUAUUUAUCGUUCAUUUAACAUUUUUACUAUUAUUUAAUGAUUAUUAUAACUACCAGUCAUGUGUCAGCAAAAUUAAAUCUUCUUAUGUUAAAAAAUUAGUAGACACUUGUUUAGCAUGUUGUCUGCAGCUACAUUUAAAGUAAAGGUCAUUAAAAUAAAUGUUCUUUUACUUAGUAUUUACCAAGCAUUUAUUUUAAAGAUUUUAUUUAUUCAUUCAUGAGAGACACAGAGAGAGAGACAGGGGCAGAGACACAGGCAGAGGGAGAAGCAGGCUUCAUGCAGGGAGCCCAAUGUGGGACUCUAUCCCGGGUCUCCAGGAUCACACCCUGGGCUGAAGGUGGCGCUAAACCGCUGAGCCACCCAGGCUGCCCUUUGCUAAGUAUUUUUGACAUUAAAACCAUUGUUUUUCUUUUUUCUUAGUUGAAGGUUGAGUUAGGAAAUUUUCAUGUAAUGCUCUGUGAGCUCCAUAAUAUACUAUAAAGUGAAGCCUAUAGUACUUUCUUCAUUCCCCGUGUAUUUGGAAUUAUGCUGCAAACAAAAUUCUAAAUGGCCUCUUUAAAUGUGUUAAUUUAUGAGAUUGAUAUGUCAAAAUUGCCUUUUAAAAAUGUCUUUUAGGGAUCCCUGGGUGGCGCAGCGGUUUAGCGCCUGCCUUUGGCCCAGGGCCCGAUUCGGGAGACCCGGGAUCGAAUCCCACGUCGGGCUCCAGGUGCAUGGAGCCUGCUUCUUCCUCUGCCUGUGUCUCUGCCUCUCUCUCUCUCUCUCUCUCUCUCUUUCUCUGUGACUAUCAUAAAUAAAAAAAAUAAAAAAUAAAAAUAAAAAAAUAAAAAUAAAAAGAUUCUCUGUCUCUUUGCCCCUUCCCCCCUCCUCUCUCUCUAUGUCUCUCAAAAAAAAUUAUAAAAAAUAAAAAUAAAAAAAAUAAAAAUGUCUUUUAUUUUUUGAGAGAUACAUGAUUAAAAGUCGCCCCCCAAAAAAUCUUUUAUUUUUUAUAUUAGCAUAAAGAAAAACGGACUUUUUCAUUUUGGCACACAGUUCUAUGAAUUUUAACACAUGUCUAAGAUUCCUGUGCCCACCACUACAAUCAUCAGGAUAGCAAGAAUUAUAUCACCCAAAAUAACUCCCUUGUGUUUUAUCCCUUUGUAAUCACUCCUUUGCCCAUCCUAACUCCUGGCAACCACUCUUUUACAUGACUAUAGUUUUGUCUUUUUA